UGGUAUGGUAACUUCUUAUCAGUUUGACUAGUUUGACAAAUGUAAGGUGGUAAAUGUAGAUAAAUUACAGCUGAAAAAGAUAGCACAAUGAUUAAAUUUGAUUAUUUGUGUGGUUUUCUUGCCUGGAUAUUGAUUUUCAACAGUGAGACAGUCACAUGUCACCAGAGGAUAAAGAGGCUUCUAUUGGAUGAUAUCAAUCACUGUCCUAUAGGACACUUCUGCCCAAAUGGUUCUUCUUAUCCAUUUCCUUGCCCAGUUGGGACGUUUAACAACUUAAUACGACAGACGUCAUGCCAAGUGUGCCUACCCGGUGUCUAUUGUCCUUCGGAAGCUCUCUAUGUUGGAUUGAUGUGUCCAGUUGGUCAUUUCUGCCCUGUCGGAUCAUCUGCUCCAAUCCAGUGUGCGGAGGGAUCAUUUAACCGUUUAACCGGGCAGUCAUCAUGUAUCGUAUGUCCUGUUGGGCAUAUGUGUCCUACUGGGGUAUCUUCACCUAUUAUCUGCCCAGCUGGGUCCUACAAUAAUCUAACUGGACAGUCAGCUUGUUUUGAUUGUCCAGCCGGCUAUUACUGCACUCUAUCAUCAAACAAAACUGAGAUAAACGUAUGUCCAUCAACAAUGUAUUGUCCACCUGGAUCAGCUCAGCCAACAAUUUGUCCUGCAGGAACGUUUAACAGCCUUAUUGGACAAGGGUCUUGUAACAUAUGCCCUGUUGGUUUCUUUUGUCCAUCUGGAUCAUCACAAGCUACUCUUUGCCCAGCCGGAACAUUUUUUGAUCAAACAAACGGGAAAGCUAUCACCGAUUGUAUUCAGUGUCCGAAAGGACAUUACUGUCCAAUGGGCUCAGUCCAGUCAAUUGCCUGCCCAGUAGGAACAAUACUUUCUUUGACUGGUGCAGCUAGUGUUUCUGAAUGCAAAGUUUGUCCAUGUGGUUUCUAUUGUGAUUCGACUGGUCUUGAACAGCCAACGGGAAACUGUGACUCUGGUUAUUACUGCAGUGGAGGUUCGAGCAGUCCCCGACCUACAGACGGAGUCACUGGCAAUAGAUGUUCAAAAGAUUAUGCUUGCCCCGAAGGUUCCUGCAUGCAGAUGUAAAUCUUAAAAUGUCGAUAACUAUCGUGCUUAUUCGAAAAAGAGAACAAAUAUUUUAAAACAGUUUGAAUGAAAGUUUAACAUGUAUAUAUGCUGUAUACUUUCCAGUUUGAAAUAUAUUUUCCAGAUUAAGCACAAUAAAAAACAUAGUCUUGAAGAACUAUAGUU